UUCCCUUGUGCCAUUAGUACCAGAGAAGGUCUCAGGAUUGACUGAUGUCAUCUCCAUCACCUUUGCCUCAUACACACCAUUAGAUUGCAAAGAUUUUCGGGACAUCAGAACAAUCUAUUGGACGCGAUCCGACUUCAAUUCUGCAAAGACCAAGUCCCGUGGUGUCUUGAAAUGGGGCUCCAACAAAAGGAAGACAACAAGAACUACUGACGAUGCCGAAUCUGUAGAAUCUGACUCCAAGGAAACGAAAGGCAGGAGCUCUCUGUUCCUGGUUGACAAGCAUGGUAAAUUCUGUCUGAAACUCGUCAAAGGACAUUUGCUCGUUCCAACGCAGUAUCUGAUACACACUUCUUUCAUUCAACCUGGCCCCUGUGGCAUGGAGAAAGUCGACAGCAUCACACAGCUAUAUUACUAUGGCUGCAUGCGCACUCGGUUUCUGGAAUUGCAGUUAUGCGAAGGUGACUGGAAGGCGGAGGCGAUGGCAGUGGAGUAUUAUCAUGGCUGGGUAGAUCGGCCAACCACAGACACCAAGAUCAAGGGCGAAAAGUCUCGUGACCCUUCUCUCACACUAGAGGCCUUGAGAAGUUCUUCCUCAAAGCGUCCGACAUCCCUGACAGUACUACAAAGCGAGCGCACCAAGAAACAAAGGGUAUUACUCGCAGAUGGAACAUCGAGUCAUCAGAAACUUCACGACCAGCCUUACAAGUUUCUCAGCAUGUUCAACAACACUGGCGCACGAGACACUGUCAGUAACAUGUCCCCAGAGUCACACUCUGUAGACAAAAUUCCACAAUCUCAGCCUACUAUGCACAUUCAAGUCAGUACAGCCUCCAGCUCAGAUUCUGCUCAACCCUCUGGCGAAUCUGUCACACCAUUGUUGGAUUCUGUCCCACUACCAAGCUCUUUGACACUCACAUUUCUUGCAACAGCCCUCAAUAAUGUGUCGCUCGAGGGUAGCACAUCUCCUCAUAUUUCACCUCCCUCUGCUACAUCUACCGGAGACGUUCUCACCAAGCCUGUCAAAAAAAAAGAGGUCCGACAAACCCUAACAACGUCUUCAAGCCAAGUUUGGGGUCAACAACAGCGCGCAACAUCUGUGGUAUCGAAUGGCAGGCUCAGCGCAAGACAGGAACUGUUGCAGAGUUUACGCACACUGGAAUAG